AUGACAACCAACUCUAGAGAAGUUCCCAUGGUAAUGUGGAGACUCGAAUUCUCGAAAUUCCUCCAUUUAGCCUCUUCAACCCCCGGCUUCCAAGAAGCGUUUUAUUCCUGUCUAUUCCAACUUUAUCAUCGGCGGUAUUGCAGGAUGUGCGGCAAAGACAACAAUUGCGCCUCUUGAUCGUGCCAAAAUAAAUUUUCAAAGUGGGUUUUCGGCCCCCAUUUACUUAUUCUAUUCUAGCGUCUGAGAUGUAUUUUAACGUGAAAGCCCUGUUCCGGUUUCUGAGGGAGUCAUACAAAUUAAAUGGUUUUUUCAGUCUCUGGCGUGGUAAUUCGGCAACACUGACCCGCAUUUUCCCCUAUGCUGCUGUGCAGUACUCUGUCCACGAAAGAGCCAAGUCCGUACUGGGAAUUCACGAAGCGGACCUCUCCCAUAUGUACGAUUGUUAUUCUUUUACUGCUAUCUGAUAACUAUUUAACUUCUGCCCUCUCUUGCCUCAUACCAUCCUAACAGCGCUUUGCUUAGAUGCUCGCAAAUGGUCCGGUUAAUUGUUCUUAUUUGAAUGAUGCCAACAUUCGCUCACCCGUGUUCCCAGUUUCGUUUCAGUAUUCGGCGUGGUUUUGAGUAAAACGGCAUUUUUCGUCGUACAAGAUUUGUAAACGAUGUUUGCCGUCAUUGUUCCACGCCCAUUACCUUCCCCCGAACUUAAUGAUGGCUAAAACUGACCGCGUACUCUCGAAAUGAGCCGUAUAGAUCCCGGGGUGAUGGAGCUUGGCUAAAUAUUUCAUCUCCCUCUUUGCCGUAUCUUCACAGGGUUUGAGUCUUAUAUUUCCCUAUUAACCGGGUUUUAUAAUCUGUCCUCUUUAUUCGACAGGACGGCGCGAUCCUAACUAAUUCCACGAGUAAAAGUCUUUGCACGCUGUGGGGUUGGUGCAUCCAACUAAGAGAAGAUGAUUAAGAAAAUAUCCUAGGCGGCUGACGAAAUGAAUGCCAAUCUGCUUUGUGUAUGCAUACGUUUUGUUUUCUCACGAGCCUCUGUACCUGUAUAAGGUCUUCGCCGAUUGUUAAAUAUUGUCGAAAGGAUUGUCUUCUCGUUCUGCCAGUUUGGUCCAUGGCGAAGGACAGGCAGUAGGUAUCUUUCUAAUGGGACCAAUGAGGUAUUUUAACUGAUGUAUGUCCUCUGAAUAGCCGGUGGGCUUCCAAUGGUUCAAUUUUAACUCAUCUGGACUGGAGCGUCAGUGUUUAUUUGAUGACCACCGUUUGCCACAUUCGCAACAUAAGGGUCGCAUGUAAUAUCCAUUGCCUUUUCCGGAACUGUCCUGACAAUUACUCCCCCGACCCCUCACGCUCUUAGAGGAGCGUUGACUUGUCUGGAUAAUCGAAUUUGCGCCUCUGGGUGCAUUAGCCGAGCAAUAGCCCAUCAAAGUCUGAAAUGAGAGGCAUGCCUUCAAUCCUUUAUAUCUGGAUAGCUAGUCAACGUUGAACAUUUGUGCAUUAGUUUCCGCAGGUGCUCUGCUUUCUAAGUCGUUUCAUUUUUCGAUGGAGACGUCGAUCUGAUAUCCUGUUCGUCGUUUUUCCUUGUUCUAUUGUGUGCUGGACAGUUGAACUUUAUAAGCAACAAUUAUCGCAGGAAAUGUACCUCGUUCUUUGUCCUGCAGCAGUGCUAUCAUACGAACUACGAGCAUACUAAGUAGCGCUUGUGACGGUAUGUAGGUGAGUCCUCGCCAAACCUACGGACUCCCAUGAUCUCGUUAUACUUGGCUUUCGUCCUGAAGAACUAUCUUCGUGGCUGCAAAAUUGAGCGAUGCAAUUGAUUUUGGCUAUAGACUGCAGUUUAGAAUAGUUAGUAUUCCCGCCCAAAACCCUGUUUGUGCUCAUUUCUGUUAUCUCAACAUUCUUUUUUCCUAGCAUGCGUACUUCCGUGGACAGUUAGAGCAUAAAUUCGUCAUUACUCCACAUUUAUCAUCUGAGUUUACUAGUCGUUCAUCUUCAGAACAUAGCUGCGCCUGAUAACUUUGCGCCGAGGUGCAAAUCAAACACGCCGUCUUGCAUCAACGCUUAAAGCCGCGUUCGAGGAUUCUUUGAUAUGGGCACGAAUUUGCUUUACUCCAGAUUGUUCCCUGCUUAAGUUAUAGUGUGGUGAACUUGAAAACACCGGGUUUUAGGGGCUUUUGGGAAACGAUCCAUCAGAACCCUGACGUCGGGACCUCAAGGUUUGCACGUAUUGUUUUACCGAUUGUUGCAAUGCGUAGGUGUCCGCUUAAAGAGCCUCUUUACAUAUAUGCGCUUUUGUGUUGACGAAUGGUUGGUGUAGAAGUUUAUGGCUUUUAUAGUGCUGCUUGCUUUCCAAUAGGCUGUUGUCUAAAGUUAACUGCUAGGGUCUCGCCAAGAACGGAAUUAGGACCUUCUUUCCACUAAACUCGAUUCCCAUUGUCAGUCUAGUUUGUAAGAAUACUGAUGGCAAUGCUCGGUCUUACACUAGGAAACGCGUUGCCGACGAGUUCUGCACGCCGACCAGUUCUGAUUUUCGACUUUGACUUGUUAAACGAUCCGGUAGUGUUUCCUCCGUGGUGGACUGACUUAAACUUUUGUCCCAGGACCUCCGACUUUUCGUUUUUAUUGAGCACUCCUGUCAUAACGCGCACUUUAUGGGCUUGCCAACCCUACACAGAACAGAACAACGGCUUCCCGUUUUUCUAUGCAUCGGCCGGGACGUUUACUCAGACAGUUAACAAUGAUGCUGGUUACCCUCUUUUUGUCAUUUCUACAGGCCUCUUUCAAGCGUUCGGGUCCGUCGUUUUGUGGCUGGAUGUUGUGCCGGAACAAGCUCUGUCGCGACAACAUAUCCCCUCGAUUUGGCGCGUGCUCGCAUGGCUGUGACUCAACGUGGCAAGUAAGUCGUCUAAUGCGGUACAAAGUCUGGUUUAUUGUUUCUCUCCCCCACAAAAAGCGGGACCUACUGAGUCCGUGUAAGUCGCAGACGCUCGUGACACUCAUUCGGUGGAGACUCAUGUCACAUCAGGAAUGCGUCGAAUUUUAUCGGUAGUCUGACGAAUGGUCAGAACACGUCACUGCUACUGAAGUGCCCUUCCUAGUGGCAGUUUUAACGCAUGCCUUGCUAGAAUAGAUUUAACACGCAUGAAACUGUCACCGCUCGCAGCGUUGCCGACCUACGAGACGAAAAGCAGACUGUAAUGACUCCUUGAUGUUAUAUUUGCGUUAGCUUCACUCCUGUGAGAUCGGAACAUAAGACACGCUCAAGAAAACGACCUGAAUUCGUGUCAGCCACUGCGCCAACUCUCACCAUCAACCGAUUAGACUUGGACUCUGGUGUAUGGGAGAGCAUGGGGAGGGCGUAAUUCCGUCCCAGCUCUAAUGUCAUUCCCUCACAUCGUCAUCGUAAGCAAUAGACUGCGUCUUUAAACUGCCACCACAGUCGUGAUUCAGAAAAUUUCUGAUUGAUAGGAUAACUCGGUCCUGCUCGGAACUGAGAGUCGGGCUUCCACUACUCGUUCCUGUUAUUAUUCUUAUUGUAUUCUCACUCAUUUAAGGUGAGUGGCCCUAGUUAUUGUGUGGUUAAAGACAAGUUCUUGUGUGGCACGCCUAGGUAUAGCUUCAAUCUCACCAACCACUGCUCUUCCAAUUUUCUUGAGUUUUCUUCACCGUCGGAAUAUGCUGUGUUGGGAAGAAAGUGAAGUGGGCGCUGCACAGACAUGCUUCCCAGAGCGAGGCAAACUUCACGGCUUAUAGUCGGCAAACCUGCUAUUAGUGAAACCAAUGUUGACUGGGGGCUAUAAAUAGGUGCAUGUACCUUGUCAAUCAGGAAUUGCGGUUUAGUAGCUCACAUGCUAGAAUGUCGACCUUUUUUCUUUUAGUUUCGAAGCGGUUUCUGUCCGAAGGUAAUGCCACCUAGAUCUAAAAUGUGCAUGAACGUAAUCCUAGAAUGUUGUCUGGUCACGAGAAGAAAAAUGCAUGGCAUACGACUUAACAGACGAUUGCUUCGUCGUCAGUGUUGACUUCUAGUAGGACUGUUUCUUGUCAUCAGUCCUCGUUACGUAUACGAUAGUUUGGUCGUUUCCCACGAGGUCCACGGUGUGCACCACAGCAAGGUAGGGUGCAGGGACGGUGACGUGCGUAUGAAUUAGUUUAUGGUGACAGCAGACCUGCUCCGCAUCUAUCACAACUCUUCUCCCACCCUCCCGGGACUGGCGUCAAGACAGAGUCAAGAAGACCGGAGGCAGAAUUGGGCCCAGGUGGUUAGCGCGGCGUGAGCCUGCACGUAGGCGUGCCGUCGCAUCCCCAUGUAUGGAGUUCAUUAUGUAAGGGUAGUCUAAUACCGCGUGCCGGACUCCCACUUGGCCUCCAUUUUGGUCCAACGCAACGUAGCGUCAAGUACACGAUAGAUUCUGCCCAGACUAUAGCGCUGAGCAACAUAUGGACUGCAAAUUGACCCGCUUCUCGAACCUUAUUCAUGUCGACAAAGCCGUCUCUCUCGAGAAUGCCAUCCAGGAGACGCGAUCCGUCCUCCGCAACACAAUCAUCUCUCAAAUUCAGCCUGAAACUGAAAGCUGGUGAAGCCAUAGGACUACUCGACGGGUUUGCGGCGCAAAGAAUUUUCUUGACCUGGAUAGUGGAAGAUCAAGGCAAAUGAUUAUCUUUUCAGCCCCAUUUCUGCUUCUACAAACACGCUUUUAUCCGGAGGAAAUGAGCCGUCCAGAGGGACAUACCUGCUACAUGAGAUUGAUCACCUCAUCCAUCAAACUUUGCUGGCUUCUGUUUUGCCUAAGUGCUCUGGUCUUGGGUGGGCACAAACGGUAGCAUAGCGAUGGACAAUCACCAAUCCAGAUAUAUUGUCAGCAAAGACAAGAGGGCCUGAUGGCCAUAUUUUGGCAUGUUUGCUGCUACCAGACAGCAACCCCCCGGGCUGGGAUGGCUCUAGUUUUUAAUCCAGGUCCAGUCUGUCACGGACGCAAGCCCACGCCGCGCCCGCUGCAGUCGGGAGGAUUGAAGUCCACACGAUAGUAUCGUUUACUGAUGUAUCUUGAUUGUAGACAUUCGACUUUGCCUUGGGUUGCCUGUGGCUGGCUGAUGAUGGCGAUAAGUAAUAGACGAGAAAUGGCAUUUCGUUCCUCCUGCAAUUUCUGUCGUACCUCUUGGCAUGCUUGUUUCAUGACAACUUGAUCGUCGCGCGGGAUGGACGCAGCACCCGUGACUUGCGCGUGAAGCAGACUUGUGCAGCAUUUGCCGCACUCACUCCUUUCCUGCCCAUCGAUCAUCAAGAGCAAGACAAUAUCAAGACGACGUAGGUAGGCGAGGGCGCGGUGACUGACAAAGUUAAAUAACUCGUCCAUGCGUACUACACAUGACCUGGUCCUCGCUCAAUGUACCGCGUUUUCACAACAAGGGUGGCUAAGGUCUCACAUAGAUAGGAGUGUCGUAAAACCCGCAUUAAGAAGGGGGCAUUUCAAAUUACCUUUCAGUUUUGAGCAGAACUGUGUUAUUCUCUCAGUUGGCAAUCUCCCGGGCCACAGUUCUUAGUGCGUUGUUCUCCAUACGCGCUCCCGUGGACGUUAAAGGGGGCGCGACAAGUGAUGUGCCUGUAGACGCUUUCUCGUAAAUGAAUAAACGAGUUGGUGUAAAGUCCCACGGCAUCUAUGAAAUCCAGACAUGGACUAUUACCUAGGGGUGAUUUUGUCUCUUCGAUGCCGAAGGUCAACGUACCGGGACUCUGUCACUUCAUUCUUUGCACUGCCUGUGAUGUGUCAGAAGCCUAAAGUACAACAGUACCGCGUUUGGCAAUCGAGCGAAUUUUUCUCGUUGAGCCGUUUUUUUAAAAGUACUUUUCGUCGAAACCUGUGAUCGUCUGAAGACGGAAAGCUCAUUCCAAUACGCUAAGUCAGCCUCUGCGGCAUGCCCGAGCCAACAGCCUGGUUGGUCUAUCUUCUAGGAUUCUAGAUGCCACACGAAACCCCCGAGUUUGCAUAACACGGAACUACGAGGCGCACAACUUCUAGCAUCCAGUGUACCCCCAUGCAUUUGAGUACUUUCUGACAAAACAACUACCAGCUGAGUAUCCUAUGCUAAUCUCUUUCAUAAAAAGUAGCCCCCACCUAAGCAGCUUGAAGCACGCUACAUGCUCAGAAAUUAUGAACAGUGUUCUCACAAAUGACUGGCGAAAUCUUCAACAGAAAGUUCGCGCUCCUCUGACCCAUUGACCCGCCACCAUACUGCCAUAGUGCUGCGACAACACUUGGGUUUUUUCCUCUGACUGGAGCGUUUGCUCCAGUCAGCACGUGGAGCUAUAGUGCACCUUUGAUGCAUAUGUGCCUAUCUAUAUGGAGCCGUCGGCUGCUACACACAUUGAGGUCUUUUUGAAUGGCAUGAAUGAACCCGUUGUGGUUGUACCCCGUGCUCUCCUCUACUCUCAGUGGCGUCAUCAUCCAAAUUGACGGAAUUUUCUUCUAUCAGUAGGCCGAGUUUUUCAUGUCAAUUUUCUCUUGCAUGCUUUAUUCAACUCUCCUUUUUGUCCUCUGCAGGUACGCAAACCUGACUGCCGUUCUGCGGUCAGUGUAUCGCGAGGAGGGCAUUCGUUCUCUGUAUCGCGGCUUCGCGCCAGCCCUUCUCGGAAGCAUACCCUACUCCGGCGUUGCCUUCUUUACCUUUGAAACACUCAAGGAGUGGAGAUUGAGUAAGAUGACUUUUCUUUGAAGUAUUUGUCUAACCCCCCCCCGCCUUGAUGAAAAACGUUUUACAAGCCAGCGCCCCCGGCUGUCAUCUCAGUCGGGUCGGACAUUCUGUCUUGCUGACACCCGAAAUGCAAUGAGCUGUUUAGGAAGAAAAAUUCUGAUGCCGAAGGCUUACAGUAUAGACUGGGAUCUCAAAUACCAACUUGACUUGCCUCCACAAAAUUCUGCUGUGCGCUGUCUAGGUAUGCGGUAGAAAAUGCGACCAGAGAGCGCUGUAACUCACAUUGGCUUGGGACUGUGCGAAUUCCAUGUAGAACGGAAAAUAUGCAUUGUCUUUUUCUUUAAAGUUACAAGGUAGAACCUUGCAGUUGGUUUCAUGGCGAUAGACAACCAGGAGGAAGGAAUGCCGACAAAGGCAAGCGUGACUUUGUUCAAGUCUCAUGUUCCUUCAUUUUUGGGUUUAAGUCAUAGCUGGUUAUUGACGGCGAUUAAAUCAGAAGUGACCAUUUUAGUCUGUCCUGUGUUUACCGGGGUAUUCCCUUUGGAGGCAUAAAGAAUUUUAUAUGGGCGAACCAAUCUUUACGCCCAUCCAACGUCUGGAUAAUAAAAUAGAAUAUCCUUUCAAUACCUAGGAAUCUUAAUUCCGCCCUGUCAUUGAACUUCUUGCCCUCUUGAAGCCGAUUUGGGCGAAGGAAUGCGAAAGUCGACUUUUGCACCCGCCUCGUAUAAUGCCCUACCAGUAAGGCCGUAGCGAGCAGACCUUCGGCUGCUUUUCAAACAAUGACUCUUGACCCCUUUGACAAUUUCUAUGUGAAGAUGCACGUUUUCAUGCGCGGUCUUCCGUAGAGAAAAGUGAGUAGCUUUUUGCAUGUUUGCGUUGACUCUGAGACCGGACUUCCAGGCCCUCGAACCGUCCCGAUUCGACUUGUGAAUUGUGCUGCGCAAAAUGUAACGGAGCAGCGACAUUCUGACAUCCACCUCCGCCUUUCUGUUACAUUUCCCAGCGCAGGUCAAAGUCAGCCCGAUGUUAAAGUUGAGUUCAUCUUCGAUUUCUGACUGCUUGCUUCGCAGGGACGCCAACAGUGCCUACUGUCACGGCUUUAACGAUAAUAUUUUCGAAUCUGCUCCACCUUGUGGUGGCGAAGGUCCUUGCAUGUCCUUGGCUUCCAGGGUUUUCGCCUCUGCUCACCUGCCUGGGUAUUUUGCGGCCCUGUUGAUGAAGAAGCCGCUCAAAACUAGUAAGAUCAGAUAAUGCAGAAGGAAUGCGGACGAAGGCAGUGGGGAAUUGAAAUGGCCUUUUGGCUUAUUUCCCGUCAUCAGCUAGUACUACCCGAAACCCUGCCCUGAAAACUGCCGUCCAACAGGUUACCAAACCUUUUGAGUCAAGUUUUCCAGCAGUCAAGCCACGGGCUCACGCCUUGUGAGCUGCGGUCCAGAGUACUCAGUCAAAUUCGAUUGAUGUUUCACUUAUCUGGUUGCAGAGAGGGGCGCACCCGCUCCGUUUUCCUCUGGAGUUCCGAGCCAGGGUCUUCGCGGUGUUCGCAUGACGACAAACAGAUAAUAAGGAGAAUCGCGUGGUAGCUAAGGUAUCGGUUGCGCCUUAAGCAUCAUUAGACCAAGUACCGGCUUGUAGAAGACGACGGAAUUCAUCAAAAGGAAGGAUUUGCCCCGCACAGGACGUUCAGCUGUUGCCCCAGGCAGCGAUGGUCGCAGACCGGAUCAAAGCGAGUGCUGAUCGUAUCAAUUCAUGCCUGCGAAUGAGCAUAUGCUGUCGGUUGCCGCUGUGGGCUAAUGGGAGCAAGUUCAGUGGUUUUGUGAAGCUGCACUCCUACUUGACUUUCGAAUCAGAUAGUUGUGGAAACAUGGAGGAGCAUUAACUCUGAACAGUUAAUUCACUUGUAAUCUUGUCUCACUCAAAUGCUGUAAAUGCCCCUUGCUUUAUUGCGAAUAAAAACUUCGCCAAUUGCGUACGAUCAGUGGCGAUGGUCUCUGGCGUGUACUUCUGUACUUCCGAAUGGUUCGCCUGGUUCACUGGCGGCCUACGCACGUGCUCUGUGAGGCCAAGGCUGCACCUGCUGUUCAACCGAGUAACAUCUGAUCGAUUUUCAGCUUAUCACACGUUGUUCUUCGUUCGUUCACGCUACUGGCCUAGCGAAUGACUGCUCAUGUCCUGAACUAAUGACGAAAUGAGCAGAUUCAGUCGGCUAGUCAGCGGAAGCGGUUGUUCUGCCGACAGAAACUGGUGGACUUGCCUUUGUAAACCCAGUCAUACCCAUUCUGCAAUGAGACCGCUACCGCUAUGUGACUUCGAAGCUGUUUUUCAAUUACUCUUUGAUGAUGCUUCCUAGCAGCCAUAUCAAACUUGAAGAAGGUUGAUGCACUGGACGCUGAAGACCGCUAGUAGUCGACGACAUAUAGGUAAAUGUCUCUCGGUCGGAUAUACUACUCCGCCCCUGUUUUCGUCCGCAUACGCAUGCUUACUACUGCCGGAGCAAACAGCCCAUCAUCGUUUCCUCGACCCCCCCCCCAUUCUAAUGCAUGCUAAAAGGUGAGUUUCGGGUAGUAACUGUGGAAAGGUAGAUUCUCUGGAACGAAAGCUCUGUUCAUCCGGCGUUUCGAAUUUACCCACUCGUCAGUAAAAGCCGAUCCGUACAGUCGCUGACCUGGGAUCUAAGGGCUCUCUGCCAGUCAGCAUGUAUGUCCGUAAGCACUGUCGCUCCUUCUUUUGCCUCUGAUUAUAGACUCAAGUGUUAACCCGAGGAGGCACCAAACGAGUGAUUACCUUGUUACAGCGAUUGAGCCUACUUACUCUGGUAAAAGCUAUCUCACGGACAGCUCGGGCAGUAAACGUUGACAGUCAAGACUAUCUAUUUAACCCAUCGACUUCCAGGAUGGGGAUCGAACAGCCUAACCUUCCGCUUGGAGCGUCAGUACAUUUGUUGUAGUGAAGCACCCUUUUUCUGAUAUUACGUCUCGGAAUCCCAUAUUCACCGUUAGUAGUGUCUGCCGGCAUUUGUACUAAAGGCGCUGCAUGCCUCUUCAACCAGCAGACACGUCGUCGUGUAGCGAUUCAUUCUUACCGGUACCACACACGCGCCUCUGAUUCUGCGUCUAAUAGUGGGUCCGAGUGUGGAUGUGAAGGCCAGAAAAGUAAGACUUGUUCCAGCAACCGAAUCUUUUCCUGACUGACUCCUUAAAUCCACACUUUUGUUGAAGAUUUAUGCGCGCGCUGCCUUGCUAUUUUUUGUAUUUCAUCUCUUAUAAGCAAGAUAUGCACAUUACAUUCAUUCUGUAGAGCUUAAGAUAGCGAAUGACUCCUGGGCCUCGCAGUGUAUGUGUGCCAUACGACGCAUCUUUAUUGCCUUUCCGGUUUCCAGGGGCGCUAUGUCUUGGGCCUACGCAGGAACAGUUUUGGAGUAAAGAGUUAAUGUACUUUGAAUAGAGGACGCAUUUUGGGCAUACCUGUAAGGUGUCACUUCGACUGUCGCGAACGACGAUUUGCGCUCUGUGCCGUGCAUCGUGGCGGACGCAGGGGCGGUGACUUGCACGUGGAGUAGCUUGUAGUUAUUAGUGUUCUUGCGCAGCAUCUAUCGCACCCACUCCUCCCCACCCACCGGACAGCAUCAGUAAGACCGGGGACGGGAUCGGGCGCAGUGGCUGACAAGGCUGAACAGCUCGUCUGCACGCGCCACCCAGAACCUGCCCCACCUCCCCCAACACGCCAGGUGUUAACACGGGCAGUGAGCGACUCGGAUUGCACGUUCCUGAGAGUCGACCUCAGUCAAUACCGCCAUGGCCUAUGAUCUUUUUGACUGUUAACUCGUUUGCCAGAUCGGUGCCCCGCCACGCCCGAAGGUUUUACCGCGGCAUGCUGCUUGGCUACUUAUUUGUCAUACCCUAGGUCUCGCCUACUUCGGAGCUCGCCAUCGAUAAUGACCAACUAUCGGACGCGCCGUGCAGCUAGACCGAAAGGUGGAUCCCUUCUCAGACGUCCUGUCGCUUCGGACGUGGUUUCAACUAUAUUCUACCGUGCUAGGUUUGAGCUGCCUUGCGGCCAUAAAUAUAAACUCGUUCAGAUUUCUGUAUGGGUCGCUUAUCUCCCCCCACCCCUCACCCCCGGCAGGACACAGGAAUAAAAACGUCCCAUAAUGCAGCUGCCUUUGCUCCGGAUUAGAGCGGAAUUAUGACUAAGGUUAGUGUUCGGCUUUGAUUUAAGGUUGGGGUUAAGUGAGCGUUGGGGUUAUGGUUAGGGCCGAAGUUAGAGUUAGGACACGGGAAUGGGUCCCCGUCCUGUAAUUUGCACAAGGCUGCCUGUAUUACGGGUGGGGACGUUCCUAUUCCCGUGUCCCGCCGAGGGGGGGGGGCAUAUAAGUUAUCUUCUUCCAAAUUGUCUCAGGGAAUCGAAUGUUUCGAGGUAGGGGUGCUUGGACGAGUCGCCAACAAAAAGCCAAAUUAGUGUAAGACCGACGAGGCACACCCCUUUGUUUGAAGAUGCAUUUAGGACUGCGCUUAAGGUCGAUGGUCAGACUCAUUUGGUAGUUGCCGGGAUGGGAGGGGGGGGAACCUGGUUCGUGCCCAAAAAAUCCAUUCCUUGUUUUCCAGGCUAGGUCUCUGUUGACAUAAUUAUUGACGUUUCUUUUCUACCCGUUGCAGAACGUCGGAAAGUUUCGGAGUCUGGCGCUGGUAAGACGCCGAUGAAAUUGCAUCCCCUGGAGAACCUCUUCUGUGGUGCGACCGCUGGCAUCCUUGGACAGACCUGCUCCUACCCUUUGGACAUUGUUCGGCGACGUAUGCAGACUGCAGCCGUCACCGGUGAGUCUCACACCCAUCAACCUUUUAACAUUUGUCGCUCCGGGUUUCCAGAAAGGCGCUCUUCAAAGUGUUUGGUGUUGUUUCAUCAGACCCCCGGGGGGAGGGGGGCGUGAGGUACGGAGCCUUAGUGUCAUGUCAGCCGAUUUGCCCGAUCUCAUCGAUGGUCCUUUUGACUUCGCUACAGCACAUGUAACUGGAGCGAGGGCGUGAAAUCGACCCUGCGCGAUUUUUUCGUAUUAUAAUAAAUCCGAUGCACCGUUGGGCUCCCACAGCGUCUUUAAAUACGGCAGCUGGGAAGGUUGACUACGAGGUAACUUGAUUCUUGCGGCAGACGGCCAAAAUGUUAUUCCCCCUGCCCUACUGUGGCAAAUCUCGCGGACGUUUUUGGACCUAGGCAGAAUGCCUUUUCGGUCACCAUUUCACUCUAGGCUCUAGUCAUCUUGACACCAGAGAAUGAAGCAACGAGAAAAGAUUGAUUCUGUUACUGCGCUUACUCCGGCGACAAACUGUUUUUUUGGAAAUCAUCAUCACCACUCACUUAGUACGACAAACGGAAACCGACCUGCCUUGUAGAGAGUUUUUCUUAUGCGUAGGAAUACGCUUCUGCUCAUUGAGCAGACGUGGACCUGAGGUAAGACAACUAGGACUCCUAACUCACAUGCAAUUACUGUUUCUCCCGACGGCCAGUCGGACUGCCCCUCUCCCCUUGUAAAGUUUCUUUCAUGGACCUGUCAGCUUAUGUUUUAGAGACCUCUGUUGUACUGUCGUCCUCGGAGGACGGGGUGAUUGCCUAUCGUCGUCGCCUUUAGGUCGUUUUCGGUUAGUUUUGGGUUGUAAAUCGGGGCAUCGCGGAGGAUGUCUCCAGUGGAAGGCCGAAGUACUUCUGGCUUAUGGGUUGACGGCCGCACCAAAAUCCACCUGCGCCCAGCUGAACGCGGUAGCCACACCCUAGUAACCUGGGUGGCGUGGCCAGAUGGGAGCAACUGGUGCGUCUCUCCGUCUUGGUACAUCGCUGCCCCAGCAAAGCCAUCAUGACCACCAUUGUCGCCUACUCAAUCUCAGCAAAACGUCUAGAUUUAACUUGAUCAUUAAUAGCCUAUUCUGUAGAUCUGUUCCUACUAUAUCCUAACUUUUACCCUUUCGGUUGUGUUUUAAUGUCUUAAAUUACUAAUUGUACUGGCUGAACGCUUAGGGGUGCGCAGCGGUCCGCCAAACCCUUUUUAACCCGAAUAUUUCGAGAUGGCUCGAGUUCCAUCAAUGCAAACUCAAAUCUCUAUCCCGUUGGCAGCAUUCAUUUGCCAGUGGGAACCUCUGUUCAGCGCUGCUAUUGACUUGGCAACCUCUAGACAGUCCGGAAUUUUAAAAAUCUGGGUCUUAGCAGCGCGUCAUGGCACGGACAGUUUCUCCGUCCGGCUGCCUUAAGUCUAACCUCGGGACGUACUUCUUACGCGUUAAUUGUCCACGCGAAAGGGACGGUAAUGGGAGUGCACUACUCACGUCUGAGUAAACUUUAAGUAUUUCGUGCAUGUACAAGCGUUUAUUCCCCCCCCCCCCCGGCACCAACCCCUUGUGACGUCCUGCUUGCAUGUACCGAAUUCCAGUGUGUUUUAGUAAGUGGACCUUUAUUUAGUUCUGAAGCUAACUUACCGACUUGUCGUCGUUAGGGCGUUAGUACAUCCCUGUGUCGAACACGUAAACGCCGACUUAAUGGGUUGUUUCCUAUGAAAGUGACAGGAGAUAACAACGUUCUGACUACAUUCAGGCGCAUUACCUCCCAACCGGAUGUUCUGAGCGCGUCUCCACAGAUAUAUGCUACAUAUUCCAAAAUCAGAACUCAAUAAGACAAUCUGUGAAGUCCGGCGUCAUAGCUGAUCAUGGUCGAACACGGGAGCGGACGAAGCGGUUGUGGCUUAUUGGGUGAUUCGGAGUAUAGCGAUAGCGACCGCUUUUUCCGCGGUUGUUGUUCGGACAAGGGGCGAGGCACAAAGUGAAAAGUGCCCCCUCCCCCUCCCAAUCCCCCCCCCCCUAUGUACACACCCCGCUUGUAUAAAGAGACGAACCGUAAUCGAUUUCUCUUAUCGCGCACACAUUUUAAUUGGUACCCCGAUUCCAUAUAAAUGCAUUAGCCAGAUGGAAAUUUAUCGAAAGCACUCGUGUGCUCGCCGAAUGCUCUUGUGAAUUCAGAAAUGUGUUUUCACUUCGAAAGAUUACUUAAGUAGGGUUGUAAUAGUAAUUAUCGCGUCGCAUGGUGUCAAGAUAUUCCAGUUAUGUCGGGAUGCCAGCUUUUAAAUGAGCUUCUUAUCGACCGCUUGCGUAAACUGUGUUUUGUAAAAAACGACCAUUUAAAUAACAGGAGUAGUCCCAUUGAUUUUUAUAUUCUUGUGAACUCAAAUAUACUUUAUAGGAAACAUGCACAAAAUAUUCUUUUUUGCUCGUUAGGCAGCAAAUCGCGUCUUUAAAUGUUAUGCUUGAAGAAAGUGUAUCUUUCAUUAUUAAAAUAUUUCCCAGUUCCCAAUUAAUCUUGAGCCCGACCUGCCGUUGCACUUGCAUUCCGGGUUUCCGAACUGCAACCUUUAUACCUUCCGUGUAAGGAAAAUCAUACAUUUCUAAUUGCUCUUAUGAAGAGGACAUAUAAGGCUUAUAAAAUUAUGUAGAUGGAUAUGGACCACGUUGUCCACUUCAUAAGCAGCAUUAGCAAGUGUGCUGAUGCGAUGCUGCACGAUUUUACAUUUCACAGUUCGGAAAAACUCUUAAUUAGAACUAUACACUUCCCCUUCAAGUAUAAAAUUUGAAGAAGACGUAAUUUUCUGCCAAAUGAGUGAAGGAGAGUAUAUUUUCGUGCAUGUUUUCUAUAACAUAUGUUUGCAUUUACAAGGGCGCAGAAAAUCAACGAGAAAAGUUCAUACUACUUGAGCAGUCAUUUUUCGCAGGGUGUAGUUUGUGCAGGUGGCUAGAAAAUGUCAUCCUGACGUGACUGAAAUACCCCGGGAUAAUGCCGCACGAUAAUUAAUACCACAACUUUUAAAAAAGCUGUCCGAAAUCAAAACAUAUUUCAGAAUUUCGGUCAACAUUUCAUGAGAUAGCGCAUCUAUUGCACUUACUUGCAACAGCAUUUGUCAAUUGAUUACCCCGGCACCAUGUUUUUGGAGGGAUUCGCUUAAGGGAGGCCGCGUUUACUCAUAGCUUGGUUUUCAUAUUUGCCCAAUGCCGCGAUCCCCAGAGGAUUGAACGUAGUCAGGCGGAGAUCUUGCACAAUUGAUUGACCAGACUGCCAAUCUUAGACUUAAGGUAGCAGAAUGUGUCCACCAGUUCGGCGUGGGGUUAUUAGCGUUUACAACGAGGUAUACUGUGAAUCCUCGGCGGUCGUCCUUUGUUUCCGAUUAAUUGCCUUUCAAGUUCAUUCCUGCUGGUUUCGCGUCCAUCCAGGAAACAGCACAUUUUAUUUCUGCGAAACAUCUUGCCGGCAGGGCAGCGCAGGCACACGCGGACCACAACCGGAGUCGCGUGCCAGGUUGUGCUGAAGAGCUCCGUGUAUCAUUCAGCUCUGUGUGACGAAUCGCAGUCCUACCAGGCGCCAGAGAUGACGCCCAAGGUAGCCACACCCCUCGACAACCACGCGUACUGCUGUUCUUAUUCCGUGAGACUUGAGUCUAGGGAUGCAGUUUCUGCGUCAUGCCAAUAUGCAUCAUAACAGGAAAUCCCGACAGAUAGAGUUAGAGGAGACAGAGGAGACAUGGACAGCCCGGUGAAGUGUGAAGUAAUUAUCAACAUAUUUCCGCCGCGACCAUAGCGUAGACUAAUUACUAUGGUAGGGGGCGCUCACGGAUCGUUCAUAAGGAACUCACUCGUUCCGUUGUGCCUUACGGGCUCCCUCUCGAGCCCAACCAGCAGCAGCGCAUAAUAUCGGCAGAAUGGCAUUACCGACAAAGACAAGGGAGACUGGAAUGGCCAUUUCUGGCUUAUUAGCCGUCGUCAGCCAGUCAUACCCAGCCCCGAUGUGUGGAACACCCGAGGCUCGCACUAAUUACUCUCCCGUUCGUGCGUCGUGGUACAAACUGAAGCGAUUGGAGUUAACUAUCGUGAUCACCUGCGCCAUUGUCAGGGGAGACUUGUCACUGUAGUUCUUGUGCUGUGACCUAUCGCCUUUCUUGAAGAUCAGCCUAACGGUAACGUCGCUGCUCUUUUUGUUGGUUACUGUUCAUGCCUCCAAAAUGGGGGAGAGGGCGGGGUAAGACAGUCAUUUAAUCGGUCAACUAAUACUGUUGAAUAGCACCUUUUGCGUUUCCAUUGGGAGACGGUCAUCGGCGAGUGUCUCGCCACUCUUCACUUUUGUCACCGCGUCACGAAUCACUUUGUCUGUGGGGGGGGAGUUUAUUUUUUUCUGGCAUUUCAAGUAGUGAUUUCGGUUACUCAGCUUCAGGGAUUGGAGAGUCGUGCGUACAGCCCUCAUUAUAUGGCGCAUCUUGUCUGGUGAGUAGAUCGCCAUUGUCGACUAUGGAUGUGAAUGGAACAUCUGUUCCACGCUUUGCCCGCCCUCGUUGAUCAUGGUUAUAUGAGCUCCGAGACGUCUUAUCGAGACUGGGACGUGAUUCGGUUAUAACACAAUCAACGCUGAUCCAGCUGCCUUGUUUUCUUCGGACCGGUGCCUUGCCGACCCGGUGUCUGAGACUAGUCAAUAUCAUGUCACCUCGCUGCUUAUGUCACGCAGGCAUAUCCAUACGCCACUAAGGGAGGCACAGCGAGCGCUGAAGGAGUUAUGGACCGACGUCGAAAUGGCUGAUCAACAUGUUGGCAGAGGCCGGUCCACCGGUGUUCUCGAUAAAGCGGACCACCGAAACAAAUCCCUGGAACUCCUGGUCGAUCGACAGUCCUGUAGGUUCCGCGAUGUAGCCAUCUUGUAAAGGUGACAAUAACCCUGGCUCGAAUGUUGAGAGAUAAAGUCAUCAGCACCAAAGACUGGCGCUAUUCCAUGCUCUCCGAAAAAGUGCACAAGCCAGACGCCGCCCUCCGAGGCACGCCCAUUUACGGGCUUGCGUACUGGUUAUUCCAGAAACUGUGGCUUCUGACCUCGGGUUCACAAACAGCGCUUCACGCUUCAGAGAAUUUUUUGAAUAAGGUAAAGGUAAGAAUGGUGUCAUUUAAUGUUGCUCCAUACUUCACAGGGUGGCAAUCGAAGCACUCAGUAGCUUGCUGCUUCAAAACCACGAUGAUAACUAUGACUUGUCCGCAACUGGGUAUCUUAUAGAGGUCGUGGGGCGCUUCGCCAAAACAUUCUUUGCCUUCGAGGGACCAUAAGCGAACAAAUAUGUUCGUGUUUGUUACUGGGACAGCUUUCCAAAAGUUCCUAAGAGGACUGUCCGAGGUUAAACCACCCUAAUUUUGAGCAUGCUUCUUUGAGGACACCCUUAUCGUCAUCGCUCAUCAUAAUGCUGGUUACUAAAAGCAGCGUCCGAAUUCUAUCACCCCCGAUCUCCGGUUUACGAUAGAGGACAGACUUCAGUUCUUAGAUGUUCUUGCUUGCCGCCAACCGGAAGACCAGCUGUAAACGUGAAUGUAUGAGCAUCAGUCGACCGCUCGAAGGAUAGCGCGGAGGUAGCGACCAGUGUCGCGCGGACGGGCCACAUCUUCAGCUUGGACGCCGUUAAGAUUGUGGCGACGACCACACAUCAGGGCAAGAAGCUUGGAUGUCCACCGACUGCUCAGUCAACUGUUGCAUAAAUUUGCCUCCCAUCAGUCUAGUUUGUCCAGUCUACUCAGCGGGACACAGUGAAGGUGUGAAGCAAUCGCGGCCGCCAAUUAUCGCCACGGUCAACGAGGUCGGGGUCGAUACAGGUCACAACGAAACGUCGGACCGAUUUAGAUCCACAGGCCACAUUGAUGAUCUACCCACCCGGCAAAAUGAUCCACGCAAUGAGAGCUGUGCGCACGACUGGGUAGCCGGAAUGAUUGCUCGAAGCGUCACGGCAAAAUUAACUCUCAGUGAACGACGCCUCUGCCUUCGACCGACCAACUACGACUCGAAUUCUCACUACUCCUGACACAACCUAUGCCUACUUUUACUUUUAAACCCCCAAGCACAAUCGGUUCAUCUGCUUGCGGCACCAACUCCAGUUGUGCUCAUCGUCAUGGCUUGUCGUCCUGGGAUAUGGGUAGGCUCUGAUGUUCGUGCCAAGUUUUUCUCUACGAUGGGGGAGACCCGUUGUUAUGACACGCUCAUUGUUUUCAUGUCGCUUUUGAUGACAAGGGCCACUUCAGCAUCGCCUUUCUGCAUAUCCUGUGCCUACCUCACCUAGGUGUCCUUGUUUUGAGAAGUUGGUCUUGCUGAGAUCUCGAUGUUUAUCUGGAACUGGACCAGCUCGCGACUGCUAAGAGUGUGGCCUCAGGUCGAUCGGCCUAUUGGCCGCCAUAAUGGCGGAAGUCACUAUGGCAGAAUGGUCUUGUUUUAGCGCACAUUUAUAGCUUUCACUAGCCACGGUCGGCUAUGUGCACCCCGCGAGCCAUGCAUGUUUGGGGUAGGUUUUUUUAACUCCUCUCCCAUGUGCUGGUAAGCUGGUUUCUCUGGGCGGCUGCCGCAUCCGUUAUGGUUCACUGUUUGUUUGGUGAAAAAUGCAACCAACAGAGUCUCUCUCACUGUCCGCAGGACUUUGUUACAGCGGUUAGUAGGUUUUUGUUGCAUCGACUCAGAGCCUCCGUCUACCGCGUGCCGCACUCCGGCUCCUCUCGACUCCACUCAGAUGCCAGUUGCCGUUAAGGCCAGGUUAAGGAGCUAUUGUAGCCUGACCUCGUUCCUGCGGAGGAGGCCUUCUCCACGCCCUCAUCUGACUGUCUUCCAAGGCACAGCUUUUGUUGCCUUUUGUCUCCCCUUGUCUCUCUCACACUUACAGUAAGUAGGCUAACUCAUGAAAUGUCAACCCAAAUUCCGAAAUGGGUUUUCGUUUCGAAACGAUUAAUUAAGUAGGGUUGUAAAACCAGUCAGCCUGCAACAUAAUUCGGUAAUAUUACAGUUACCUCAGGAUGCCGGCUGUCGAACGAACUUCCUUCGGCUGCAUGCAAAAACUGCAUUCUGUAAAAAAUUACUAAUUAUGUAGCAUGAAUUUUUCUCAUUGAUUUUCGGUGCCCCUAUAAGUCAAAUUAUAUUUCAUGGAAAAGAUGCAUAAAAAUAUUCAUUCUUUUGCUCAUUCAGUAGAAAAUUAAGUCUUCUUUCAAUUUUAUACUCGAAGGAGGGACAAAAUUCGAUUUUAAAAAGUUUCUGAUGGUGGGACUUUUAAAUACCGUGAAAUGGCCGUUCAUAAAUCGUCAUGCCUCUGCAUUUACCAAUGUGGCUUGUAAAGUUAACAAUAUGGAUCAAAUCCAAAGCUCAAUUUUAUGAGCCCUAUAUGGUCCCCCUUUAUUACCGUAGAGAAAUGUGUGGUUUUCCGUACGCGGAAAAUAUACAGCUUGUAGUUUGGAAACCCUGCAUCCUAGUGUGACGGUAAAGCGCGUUCAGAAUUAUUCGAAAAUUGGAAACAUUUUUAAAAAUCGAAUAAUACCCAUUCCUUCGAGCAUGUUUUCCAUGAAAUAUAAUUGGACAUUUAGGGGCAUCGAAAAUCAAUGCGAAAAAUUUAUGUUAAAUGAUUAGUCGUUUUUCACAGAGUGUAGUUUUUGUUUGCAGCCGGAAAGUGGGUUCGUUCGAAAGCCGACAUCCUGAGGUAGCUGAAAUAUUAUAGAAUUAUGUUGCAGGCUGAUUAGUCUUACAACCCAUCUUAAUUAAUCCUUUCGGAACCAAAACGCAUUUCGGAAUUUUGGUUGACCUUUCAUGAGUUAGCCCACCUACUGCAUCUUGCCAGUGAUAAGCCCGAACAUAGUGAGCUCUAAAAUGGCAAGACGGAGGACUUAAUGCCUCCAUCUGUGCCUGCCAGAAACACGACUGAGUCCGCCAUCUUGAUUGAACCAGACUUCACACUUAUUCACGGGGGUGGGAUGCAGGCUCAAUGUGCCUGAAUUGACACAAAGCCCCCGUCCACGGAUGCCACAAACACGGCCGGUUGUUCCCCAGGCUUUAAGCAGGCCGUGAGUGACCGAUCUCAUGAAAUAUGGGCCGGACUUUCGAAAUGCGUUUCCGAGUAGGAAGGAUUACGUAGGUGGGGUUGUAAUAUUGGUUUUCAUGUACCAUAUUUCGGACUUGUCAGGAUGUCGGCAUUUGAACUUCUUUUCGAUCUCCCAUAGAAACGCACUCGGUGAACAGUAGCAACUAAAGUGGCAUGCACUUGAUUUUCGAUGGUUUUAUUUUGUAGAAAACAUUCACAAAGCUAUGCUUUCUUUAGCUCGUUUGGUAGGAAAUCACGUUCUCUUCAUAUUUUAUACUCGAAGAAAGGAUAACUUUAAGUUUUCAAAAAGUUUCUAAUCAUGAGAUUUUUUAAGAUCAUGCAAUGUCCACUCAUACAUCGUCGUAUCUGUCCGCUAACCAAUGCUUCUCAUGAGGUAUACAACACAGCUCGCAGCCAUUGCAAAAUUCAGUGUACUCUACAUGGUAUAUUUUUAAAGUCAUGUAGGGAUAUAUGAUUUCUCUUGCGCGGAAAGUAUCCACUUGGCAGACUGAAAUCACUAAACGCAAAUGCAGCAGCUGCUCAUGCUCAAAUUAUUUGGGAAUCGGGAAACUUUUUCAGAACCUAAAUAUGCCCUUCCUUUGGAUUCAAAAUUUGAAAGGAACUUGAUUUACUACCAAACGAACUAAAGAAAACAUAUUUUUGUGCAUGUAUUCCAUAAAAUAUAUUUGAAUUUAUAAGACCAUCGAAAAUAAAUGUGAAAAAUGCAUGCCACUUAAGUAGUCUUUUUCCACAGAGUGCGGUUUCUACAGGAGGUCGAAAAGAAGUGCUUUUAAAAGCCGACGUCCUGACAAGUUCGAAAUAUUAUACGAUUAUGCCACAUGGUAAUCAACAUUACAACCCCAGCUACUUAAUCCUUCCUAGUCGAAAACGCAUCUCAAAAUUCCGGCCCACAUUUCAUGAGAUCGUUCACUCAUUAUAGUUCCACGGGGGAGGGGGGGGGGACAGCCAACCGCUUACCCUCAUAGGCCAUCGUAUGUCAGGGGAAACAAUUGUCAGGGUGGUACCGCUGCACGGAGUGCGGUCUAAUGAAGCCACCGAUGAGAGCCUGAUGCUGGGUAGGAGUCAAAUAAAUUAGUCAUUACACACAGCGUAGACAUAAUGCAAACUGUCGCUCCGUAGCCACCGCAUACAUAGCUCUUGCGGAUUUACCAUCCGAUCCAUUAGCAGAAGUUGGGGUGUCGCGAUUGUUGAUGGCGGAACUUGCGUACGAUUUAUGUUUAACGGUUCAAUUCAAGCUAGGUUAUUUGGCACUCAGCUUGUAUUUCGAAUGACGGUCUAUCCCGGGAGAUAACGUUUGGGGAAGAACUUAUCAAUGGCUCAUGUCGCAGUAUCGUCAUCAUCGGACUCUGGUGUUUUACGGGGAAGCUGGUUUGCCAGAUUCGAACUCCCCUUCCACCCCUGCUUUUACUUUCACUGCCGGUCCUAGGGAAAGGCGAUGAUUUUUCAUAAGUUUCUGCAUCCGAUCAGUGGUGGUGCUCACGUGACUCCAGAAGGUAGACUGAGGUAGUGGCACCGCCUCUUUAAACAUUUUAGAGAUCUGUUGGAUCAACAUUAUUGACAGUGGUAACUUUGAUCAUCAUUCUUUUUUGUUCGUUUAGGUCACCCUGAAUACACACGAAGCAUUCUCGGAACCCUUCGAAUUGUUUACCAACACGAAGGCGUUUUCCAUGGCCUCUACAAGGGUGUGACUAUGAACUGGAUCAAGGGCCCUAUCGCCUCCGGCGUGAGUUUCACUGUCUUCCACCAAAUACAGUACCUACACCAAUGGUUUCGGUCCAGGUAG